AUGAAGUUGCCAAUUGGUCAGGGAAUGUGGCCUGCAUUCUGGAUGAUGCCAUUCGAUGAGGGUGAAUGCUAUUUGAAUGCUGGUGAGAUUGAUAUCAUGGAGACUGUCAAUGCUGAGAUGCAAUCAUAUGCAACAUUCCAUCAUAACAAUCGUACUGAUUGUGCUGACAACUACCUCGUCAGUCAAGACAAAGGCAUUGCUGUUCCAACACUCAACUCUGACUACCACAACUACUCUGUGAUCUGGGAGCAAAACUGGAUUGUAUUUAUGGUGGACAAUGUUGUUUAUAACAUUAUCAACAGUACUUCGCCACAUCUUCCAAUCCCAAGCGUGCCAUUCUACAUCAUCCUGAACACUGCUGUUGGUGGAGACUGGCCAGAGUCACCUGAUGAGACCACCACUUGGCCUCAGUACAACUACAUUGACUUUGUUAGAGUAUACCAAAAGAAGUCAUCACCCUCUACAACUUCAUCUACGACCAAUACACCGACUACCUCAUCUUCUACCACUAAGAAUCCGACUACUUCCACCUCUACUACUGGCAACAACCCUACCACUACCUCCACUACAUCUGCAGGUACUACCAACAAACCAACAACCACAACUACCACCGCCUCUCCAACCACGACCACAACAACUACAACAACAGCAUCACCAACAACAACAACUACUACAACAUCCGCACCAACAUCUACCAUCUCCACUACUACGACAUCCACCACCACUGGCCACCCAUCCAGCGCCAUUCAAUCAUCAUCAGCCUCUCCACUAGUGGUCCUCCUCUUGGCAACCGCCACCUUGGCCAUACUUAUUUAA